ACAUGGAGGCGCAAGUUUUGUAAAAUUGUAACUGUUUGUGCAUGUCCUUCGGCCAGCUCUUAAGCAUUGAGGUACUGUGACUGUGUUGUGGAAUUGAUGCUUUUGAUUGAGGCAUUAUGACCACACCCAAAGAUGACCACCACUGUUGUGACCACUCCCAGUCAUCGUCCGUCACGCAAACUCUGGAUGAGCUUGCCUUUGAGCGAGGUGUCUGGUCAGCUGCACUGAACGGGGAAACAGCAAAAGUUAUCAAGUUUAUUGAAGGGGGAGGUGAUCCUGAUACAGUCGACAACGCUGGCUACACGGCCCUACAUUAUUCUAGCAGAAAUGGCCAUGUAGAAGUCGUCAGUGUGCUUCUUCAAAAUCGAGCUAAUCCAAAUUGUACAACACGAUCAGGGGGCGUAACACCGCUACAUAGAGCAGCCUACAGUGGGCACACAGAUAUUGUGAAGCUGCUGUUGAAAGCAAAGGCAUCACCCCUUCUGUGUGAUGAGGAUGCCAAAUCACCUCUUCACAAGAGUGCUGAGAGAGGCCAUAUGGAAAUUUGUAAGCUCUUGGUGGCAGCAGACAGAACACUUGUCACGUUAAAGGACAAAAGAGGUAAAUUGCCCGUUGAUUAUGUCAUGGAGUCAAAUGUCUCCCUGAAGACUCUCCUUCAAGAAAGUUGACAGUAGUUU